AUGGGCGCUUACCAGUGGAUUAUUUGCGCCGAAGUUGUCUCCAGCUAUAGCUUUGAUAUUGUCCUUGCACUCAUGCAGCCAGUCACACUGUUUCCUCAUCAUUGUUUUUACCUUGUUGGGCCUUUAAGAAAGCUCAGCUACACGGUAACCAGCACAAUUUUCAAAGUUCUGGCAUGUGCUAUUAUCCUCAAAGGAUAUUGUUUGUUGCUAGCGUUAUUGUACCGCUAUAUCAUGUCGUUGCCGCCUUAUAAAUACGUCAUAAAUAGGCUGAUCUCAUGGAAUCCGUGGAUCAAUGUUUUGUUGGGAGCCCUUGGAUAUGCGGUCGCAACGGGGUUUGUUUUGGUGAGCAAAGACUUCUUAUUUUACAGUACUUGUCGGAGUACUCGUAAAACGAUAGAUUUUGAUGGACUCCUAUUUCAGAUCGCCCUAUUCUACGCAGAAAUCCCUCAAGAACAAGUAUCAAAGGACGUUGCUGAUGAAUCACCCGCCACGUCAAUGAUUUUCCUGCGCGAACCUUCAUUGCUGUGCUAUUCUCUCCAUGGAGGCUACGGUGGCUCCGUGUGGCCGUUAUACGCUCUGUUUUUUGUCUAUGCCUUUGGAUUUAUCAGUCUUGUCCUGAUACUCGGCUUUUUCACCAACCAAAACAUCAACUCACUGCGCUCUUAUAUCAGCCCGCAUACACAACAAAAUCACCGAAUGUUGUUGUACGCCUGGAUUGCGCAGUUUGCUUGUCUUACCACAUUCGUGAAUUGUCCAAUUCUUUUGGGAUAUGGAGCAAUUUUCUUCGGCUUGAAAGGUCAGAAUCAUUGUGUGUUGGUGACGUUCGUGAUGUGCUCGUUCCACACCACAAGCGACUGUCUUGUCCUUCUGACCGUGGUGAGGCCGUAUCGAAUGUGCGUCAAAAGAAUUUUGGGCCGUAUGGACAUUAGCAAAAGCACAAAUUUGAGGGUCAAAAGCCACUCCGGCUUUCCGCAUCCCAACGUACAAGAAUGUGUAACUGUGACAUUGUAAUUGAUUCAUUGCUGAAAUAAAUUCAUCGAAAAUUCAAGAAAUAUUAUAUAAGCAUUUUUUGAAAUCUUAUGCAACAACAUAACAUAGCCGAGUAUUUAUAAGGUUUUGUCUCCUUCUCAGCUGCAAAAAUUGUUACUUUAAGAAAUCAUUUCUUACGGUCUCUGCACCUGUCCACUAACCUAUAAAAGCAACGAAUACAUAAUGACCAUGUGUGGAAAAGAAAUUGGCAGCAGAGUAAUAAAGACACAAAGUAUUGAUGAAGGACCAAUGUCCGAUGUUCUAAGCGACUUUGAGCUGCGCGUCUACAGCCAUCUACACACUACUGCGCUAUGCAUUUCAACGUCGCUGCUUAUUUUCACCGCGACGGUAAUUGUCAAAGCGCCUAAUAAAAAUAUGGGAACGUAUCAAUGGUAUUUGCUCAACGAGGUUGUCGGUAGCUACGCGUUUGACGUGUGCCUAAUGGUGGGACAGCCAGUGACCCUUCUGCCAAAUCAGUGUGGAUUUACAUUGGGGAUUUUGAGGAGCUACAGCUCAGGCGUGCUACAAUUCAUGCUGAAGGUUCUUGCUUCGGCUGCGGUUUGGAAGCUGUUGGCUCUGUUUUUGGCGCUAUCCUAUCGAUAUUUGAAGUCGUUGCCGCCAAACACCAAUUUCACGCAAAUAUUCUUAAACUUCAAUGUAAAAACAAACGUUGGACUGAUAGUAGCACUAUACUUGGUGAUAGAUGCAAUUGCUGUGGUAAGUGGGGAAGCGUUGGUUGUGUAUGCAGCAUCAUUUCUUGAGCAACAAGUAACAUAUGUAUAUAGUAUUACAAGAACAUUAGCGCAUAUGCUUUUUUAUUAUGUAUUUGAUGUUAUACGGCCCGUAAAAUCUCAGGUUUAUCGCAUAUAGCAAGGACUAGGAUGGAAGUUUUGCCUUGAAUUUUGAAAUUUUCACGCCAAUGUUUUCAGGGAUGUCUAUCGCUUGCCGACAUUCCACAAGAUACCAUCAAGUACGAAGUAACAAAAGAAACACCGAUCUUCUACAAUAUUGUGCGAAACGAGCCAUCGACCAUUUGCUACACUCUGUACCCUUCGAAAUACGGUGGAAGUUUGCUGCCGUUCUACCUAUCGUCGGUUGUUGGGGCGUUGGUUUUAGCUGGAGCUUUGAUCUAUCUUGGUGUCUCAACUUACACCAAUAUUUCGGCUAUGAAGAAUUUCACAGGCUCAAGAAGUCAAAAAGUUCACAGUAUGCUGCUCCUUGCCUGGGCGGCACAACUUCUAUGCGUGAUUCUCUUUGGGGGAUUGCCUCUAGUGAUUGGCUUUUUUGUCUUCAUCUUUCUACCGCCAUACACAAAUCAUAUCAUGAUGGGAUUAUUUUGCGUCAUAGCAUUUCACUCCAUUGCUGACUGUAUUGUUCUGUUGGUUGUUGUCAAGCCUUACCGAGUCUUUAUUCAACGGGUAUUUUUGAGGAGUAGGGAGGAAAGCACUUCCAUCACAGCUCGAAAGACCAGUCGAAGCAAAAGUCUGUUUGUUAGGAGUAGUGUGUCGCCACAACCGCCGCGGCUGUCGAUAGCUAACCACGUAAAUGUUUUCUAGCUGUAUUUACGGUCUUCACACUGCCCUUGAUCGUUUGAAAUUUUGUGCAUCAUUCAGCCAUAUAUGUACGUAACAUGCUAAUAAAAAUGCCUUGCGAAUAGAAUGCGUUUCGCCAACAAAAACUAAGGCCGGAAGAUGCAUAUCGCUGAAACAAAUUAACAUAAAAUCAUAAUUUGGAUUGCCGAAUUCUCAAUAAACAAUUUCAUAUCUAAGCGUGUCAUUUUUCAUUAGAAAAAUUAAUUUUUGAAGCCGCGGAGUCACUGUUAUUCAAGCCCCAAUAUGGAAACAACUCGAAAUUUUUUACAAAGGUUUCGUACGUACAACAAGCUACAAGACAAAUAAAACUUUGCUAUUGAGAUCUACGUUAAGACUGCUCUUGGCCGCAAUGGCAGGAAGUUUUGGAACGAACGACUUUGAGGCAAACACGUCGAUGAAUUGUCAAAAAAAUACCGACGUCUAUAGUACAGGGUGUUCCUAGAAUUAUGGAAAAAAACUAUUCAUUAAAGGACCUCACCAACUACAUUUGAAUCGCAUUUUUACGGCUUAGAGGUGCGCUUCGCCAAAAGUUGCGAAGAUCCCGCGAAAAAACAAAUACAAAAAAUAUAAAAAAAUAAUUGAAAAUUUUUCUCGAAAAUGCAAAACUGAAGCAGUUUCAUGUUCUGAAGCUGUAGAAAAAGCUUUCUGGUCGUCUGAAUAAUGCCAACACCCAUGUGGAUGCUCCUCGGGAAAGGUUGAUGUACGUUUUUUUCGGGUUUCGCUUGGUUUUCUACAUUUAGGUAGGAGUGAAGGAACUUGUGCAAUAUUUCGUCUGUUCUUUUGAAAAACAGCACGAGCGCAAUGUUGAGGAGCAGCUAUUGGGCUCACGAUUUGUGUGAUGUCAAUUUCUUCCCUUGUUCUAGCUGUUUUUGCCCAUUUAGAGGUAUUUUAUAUUGUUUUAGUCAAGGCUUUUCAAUUUCAGAGUUGGCCAAUCACCUGGAACGAUCUAUGAAGAUGAAGGAACCGCCUUGACCACUAGGAUCUGCGAAUGUCAUAAAGCUUCUUGA